UGAGCACAUAUUUGGUCAUCCUGUGAUCAGUUCCUCAUUUUUCAGCAGAUGAUGAGAUAAAAAUUCGUAUAUAAGAGCCGGUUCUUCUCUUGCUCUGCACCACUCGCUGGAGCGUUGAAGUUUUGCCGAGGAAGAAGAAGAGAAGAAGAAGAAGGUAACUCUUCCAAACCUUUGAACUUCACUACCUUCACAUCUUGACUCUUUACAGUCAGGGCAGGUGGUCUCUUUCAUCCUCUCUCUGUGUUCCUGAUAUGAUGGACACGUCUUUAUCUCUCAAUUCUUAUCGAUCGUCAUUUUCAGAAUCAGCAAUAUGAAGCUGCUGGCUGUCUCUGCACUUCUCUGUGCCGCCGUGGCUCUGACAGGAGCUUUUGGUCAGUACUUUUAGGAGACUGAAUAAUGUAUCAUGACUGUAGACAUCAGAGUUAUUUCUGCUGAAAGUUUUGUCUCUAUUUUUACCUGAAUGACCGAGUAAAUGUCUGUUUUUUUUAUUGUCCAGUUCUUCCUGAAGACGAUCAGCAGGAACUCGGUCAGUGAAUUUUCUUGCAGAUGUCAAAUACCUGAAAUGUUUAAUAUUAUUUGGAUGCAUAUAUUUAUACCACUCUAUCCUCCAAAGGUUUCCUCACUUUAUUCUUGUCCUUUAAUUCUCAGUGGACUUCCUCGAACAAAGGGGGACUUGUACCGGCACCUGGUCCGAGUUCAAUGGACGCUGUUUCCGAUAUUUUCCGAAAGCUAUGCCUUGGGCUGAUGCUGAGGUAACCGGCAUGGCUACCUAGCACCUUGCAUCUUGGUCAAGCUUAAUUCUUUAUAAUUCUUCAUUUUUUCCCCUAUAGCUGAACUGUCAGUCCUUCGGUGCAAACCUUGCAUCAAUCCACAACAUCGAGGAGUACCACGAGAUCCAGAGACUGGUUUUGACCAACAGUUAUCAGACCCAGUUGUCAUGGAUUGGAGGUUUUCUUGCCCAUGAUGUAAGAUUCUUUAAACGUAACACAAGACCCACUUUUGGAUUCAGAGUUUGAGAAUCGAUAAUGUGAUGUAUGCUAAAGUGUGAUCAUAUGGAUGUUCAAAAGUUAAAAAUCCAUGUGAGACGUUCAAAAGUUCAGAGGUGCAGGAAGAUGUUUUGAACCAAAAAGGACAAACUUCAGACCUGCUGACGGUCCCAACCUCUGUGUGUGUUUAUGUUUUUUUUUUCCAUCUAGACUGAGACUUGGCUGUGGAGCGACGGGUCCAGGUUCGUCUACCAGAACUGGUGCGAGCAUGAGGCUGAAGAGGCUCAUGAGGGACCCUGCGUGGAUAUAAACCAAGGCUGUAAAUAUCGUACCUUUGCUACUAGUGGUUGAAGUUAAAACAGUGAUAAUACUUCGUUACCUGGACGUUUCUGUGGCACCAAUUAACCAUUAGGAGUCCAUCAGAAAAGCGACAGAUGACAUGAUCUGAAUUCGAGACAGUUUUUCCCUCCUCUGACAAAAGUAGGCUUGUCUUUUCAUCAGGGUUUAGCGGAUAAAUUCUUGGACAGUGGACGGCGCCACUUAUCCGUAAUGCCGGUGAAUCACUCGACACAGUGACAUCGCUCUCUUUCAGGCACUUUGGUAUGAACAAGAACUGGAGAAAUGAAGCACAAAUUUUAGACAAUUUCAGAGACAUUCAGCAUCGAUCGACCAGACAAGAAAUACUAAGAUAUGAAGAUAUGAACACACGCCAUUCCCAGACUGCAGGUUCUUGUAUUUCUAUGGUGUAAAAAUGCCAAUACUUUGGUGCUUUUCUAUACAUGAUAAACGAUCAUUCUUAUUUUAUAAAAUUCAACAUUACAAAUCAUAGUUUUUAUUUUUAAGGGUGAUAAAAGUGCCAACUUACCUUCUUUUAUUCUGUGUCGUUAAAGUCUUUUUUAAUUGGAGCGGGUUCGUCUUGUAACAAGUGUCGUCUAGUUUUAGGAUCAAAAUGGUGCGAUAAAAUAAUUUAAGAAAAGAGUCAACAGACAGGAUAAACACCGACUGAUCCUCUGAAUUUGUCUAAACUAUGAAUUACAGUUAUUAGGAAUAGUAAAAUUCAGCAGUUAUCGACGAGCUGAAAGUGUGAAAAAUGUCUCCAAAUUUCAUUAUAAUUCAGUUUGGGAUUUACAAAAUGUUUUUAUACAUUUAUUUACAAAUAUUGUGUAAAUUGGGGGAUUUUUACAAUCCAUAACAAAUACUAAUCCAGGCAAUCCACUUUCCUUAAAGUUAUCGACAAACCAACAUCAAAUAAAGAGAAAGUUUUCCCCAUCAGGACUUUACAGAAACAAUCUCCUCCAAAAGAGAAAUGAUUUAAUAAUUUUUAAAUGAUUAUCUACAAAAACCAAAAAGUGCUUCAUUUAUGGUCAGCUGAGUUUGCAACUGCAGAAACCCAAAUUAGAAAUUUGUCCGAACUUAAAAUUAAAAUUGUUAAGUACAUUAAAGACGCUGUGGCAAAACCCUCUCAACCAAUCGGUCCAUGAUUUUUAACUUAGCUUUAGAUCAAAACAACCCAGUAUUUUAUCUUUGGAAGUGAAGUUUUUCUGUAGUUUGUCUCAUGUGUUUUUAGUAAAGGUUAAAACAUAAUGUUGGUGCACAGACUAAGACCAAACUCUCUUUUGUGUAUAAUGUUUUCAGAUGGGAAGUGCUGGGGAAGCGCCACCUGCACUGAAUCGCUCCCGUUCCUCUGCUCCAAGAAGAUGUGAUCAUACUAGAGUGGAGACAGAGACGCCCGAGAAGAGAGCAGACAUAUCUCCAUCCUUUCACGAGUCCCGUUUAAUAAAAAGUCAGAGCGUUCCUCCUUCUCUCACAUCUCUGUUAUUCUUUCAAUCGCUGUGAAACAACUAAAGGAACAAAAAGACAAACAACAGGAGCUGGGUUCAACGAAUAAAAGGUCUAAAACUCUUAAA